GUUCUGGAACACUCUAGACUCCCCGGGCAGGGCUGGAGCCAAGAUUGUAGCAUUCAGAGGCCUUCCCAGCCUCAGUGGGCUCCCCCACCACUCCCCAGCAGGCCUCAUGUGGGUGCUGGCAUUAGGUGGGGUGUUCCUGGCGACCACCCAGGCCUGUAUCCUCUGCCAGCUCUCAGCUCGAGACCUGUCGGGCCGCCUGGCCCACGUGUGCAGCCAAGUGGAGGCUAAGUGGAAGGACUGUGGGGCCUCCUGGAACUUUCCGGCCUUUGCCUUAGAUGAGGUGUCCAUGAACAGAGUCAUAGAGAAGACUCACCGAGUCCUGAGGGUUAUGGAGAUCAAAGGGUCUUUCUCCUCCCUCCCCUUGUACCAGCUUUGGCUGCAAAAGAUCAAGCUCCCCCAGUACACCCGGGAAGCUCUCUGCGCGCCUGCCUGCCGGGGCAGAACCACCCUCUACAACUGCUCCACCUGCCAGAGCACCCAGGUGCUCUGCUGGCCCAAAAAGCGCUGCUUCCCAGGAAGUCACGAUCUUCGGGAAGCCAGGAUCCUGCUCCUCUCUGUCUUGAUAGCUGCCCUGCUGCUGGGCAUCCUGAGCCUCGUGGUGGAGUCCAAUUACUUCAAACCAAAAGAGGACCUGUGAAGACACUGCCAGCCUCCCAGCCUCCACUCCUAAAGGGCAGGAGCCCACCACCUCCACUCCCCUUGGAGGGAAUCAGCCAGCCCUUUAGCUCCCAUCCCGAAGGCUCAGCCUUCCACACCCUGAAGCCCAAUGUCCCCAAGGUCCCGGGGUCAGAUGGCCUCUGGGGACCCAGGCACCCACAGGGGGAACAUUCCCCUGCCCCGCCGCCCCAGCCCUCUACGAAUCAGAUGGGAGCAGUCACUGAUUCCAGGAAAAUAUCUACAGAAGGAAAGAAUCCCCUCCAGGCACCACCCCUCCCACACCCCCUCCUGCCUAUUCUCGGAAGCGGGGGCUGGCUGCCCCAGAAGCUACUCUUGGGGCUCUUAUGACUGAUUGGGAAUCCGGGAAUAAGUGCCUGGAAGCCGCCCUCCCUCUAGAGUUGAGACCACAUCAGUCAGCCUGCUAGCAGGCUAUCCCUCCAUUUAACAUUGUGAAGCCUUGGCCUCCCACGGAGGCCUCCCUCCUGCCAAGAUGGAGUAAACCUGCUGUCAAAUGGCCUCCA